GAUUGGUUUGCUUCAUGUUUGCUUUCGAGAUUUUUAUAACCUAUGUCUGCAAUGUCUGUCUUUAAAAAUGUGUACUAUUAUUGAAAUGUAGACUGUGCAUAACUUUGAGAGAAAAAAUCAAAAUGCCACCCACUAUUCAAACAAACGAGACAGAUAAACGUCCACAACGGACGGGAGAAAGAAGGUCGGAGUUGGUAACACGAGUGAAAUACUGCAAUACUUUACCAGAUAUACCUUUCGAUUUAAAGUUUAUUACAUAUCCAUUCCCUUCAACGAGAUUUAUUCAGUAUAAUCCAACGUCUUUAGAAAAGUGUUAUCGCUAUGAAGUACUCACAGAACACGACUUAGGAGUGCACAUAGAUCUGAUAAAUCGAGAUAUAUAUCAAGGGGAUGGCAACUCACCUUUAGAUACAGCUGAUGAGAAGUUGUUGGAAGAUGAUGUUCUCACCCCUCAGGAUUCCAAGAGAUCUCGUCAUCAUGCAAAGAAUGUAUCUUGGUUGCGCCGUUCGGAAUAUAUAUCCACUGAACAAACUCGAUUUCAGCCUCAAACAAUGGAAAAAGUUGAAGCAAAAGUUGGUUACAAUGUCAAAAAGAUAUUCAGCGAGGAAACAUUAUAUAUGGAUCGUGAAAGCCAGAUCAAGGCUAUCGAGAAGACAUUUGAAGACAAUAAGAAACCUAUAGAGAAGCAUUACAGCAAACCUGGUGUUACUCCUGUGGAAGUCAUGCCAGUUUUCCCUGAUUUUGACAUGUGGAAGUACCCAUGUGCUCAAGUUAUAUUUGACACAGAUCCUGCACCAGCCGAUAAGAAUAUUGCAGGACAGAUAGAAGCCAUGUCACAGGCUAUGAUUCGAGGUGUAAUGGACGAAAGCGGAGAACAGUUUGUUGCAUACUGUUUGCCGACCGAAGAGACAAUUCAGAAACGUCGUCGUGAUAUAACUGAAAGUAUACCGUAUAUGGACGGCGACACUUAUGAGUACAAGAUGGCUAGGGAGUAUAAUUGGAAUGUUAAGAGUAAAGCAUCAAAAGGUUAUGAAGAGAACUACUUCUUGGUGGUACGCAAUCAUUGUGUAUAUUACAAUGAGUUGGAGACUCGUGUACGGUUGUCGAAGCGUAGAGCACGCGCCGGUGCCGCAGCCCAAACAUUGACUAGACUCGUGGUAACCCAUCGUCCACUCAGCGGUUCAGAACAUCGCAUGCUGCGACUAAGAGAAAAGCAACUUGAACCACCACAAGAGGAAGACGAAGAAGAGGAGGACGACGACGAGGAUGAGGAAGAUGACAAGCAAGAGCAACAGAAUGAUAAAGAAAGAUCACGUUCCCGAUCAAAAUCCGCCUCGAAAUCCCCGCAAGGUUCGGACAGGUCCAAAGCAUCAAGAUCCAGGUCCAGGUCCAAGUCGGGUUCGAGAUCGAGGUCGAGGUCAAAGUCGAGAUCGAGGUCAAAGUCGAGAUCACGAUCAAAGUCGAGAUCACGAUCAAAGUCGAGGUCGAGGUCAAGGUCUAGGUCAGAGUCGCCCGAGAGGUCACAGUCACGCUCCCGCUCUAAGUCUAAGUCCAAGUCGAGGUCGAGGAGCCGCUCCCGAUCCGGUUCUGGCUCCAGGAAAUCGAGGUCUAGAUCUGGAUCGGCGCGUUCCGGAUCAGCCAGAUCUAGGUCUGGGUCAGCGAAGUCCCGAUCCCGGUCCCGGUCGGGGUCUCGCGCAUCGUCUCGGGCUUCCUCUCGCGCAUCUUCCAAGAGUAAAGCGUCUCAAGCUAGUUCUGGCAGUGCUCGCUCUAAGGCUAGUUCAAAGGGUUCUAAAGCAAGUUCCAAAGCGAGUUCUCGAGCGUCGUCUCGUGCCAGUAAACGCUCAUCUAGGGCUUCAUCCAGAGCAUCAAGGGCUUCUUCCAAGGCUUCCGGCUCCAAAGCGUCUUCGAGAGCCAGUUCCAGAAGAAACUCUGGCUCCGGCAGUGGUUCUGAUAGAUCUAAGAGUCGAUCCCCGAGUGGGUCCAGGCAGGGUUCACGCAGUGGAUCGGCGUCGAGUGCGUCGUCUCGUAGAAGUGGAUCCGAGUGACAAGUAAUUUUGUAUUAUUAUUUAUCCAAGCCUUCAAUAAAGCAAUUGAUUACAU